GAUCCGCACGAAGAACCUCUUCUGAAGCCUAAUGUCAAAUAUGUGGCAAAUAUGCACGGAAAUGAAGCAGUCGGAAGGGAAUUGAUGUUACAAUUGAUACCAUACUUAUUAAACAACUACAGAACUGAUCCGUACGUGCGAUCACUUCUGGACAAUACAAGAAUACAUAUCAUGCCGUCCAUGAAUCCCGACGGCUUUGAAAGCUCUGUUGAGGGCCAGUGUACUGGUGGACAGGGAAGAGAGAAUUUGGUUGUUUUACUUAACGAACUAUUUUUGAGGGUAACGGGAGCUGAUUGUUGGCCGUAG